AUGCUUUCGAUGAUAUUUUUCGGAUCCUGUGAGGGUCUAACAUUAUGGGCAAUGGCACUUAAUCAUCGUGCGAUUUCUUCUUUCACUUCGAUCUGUCCAUUUUCCUUCCUCUUCUCUUCUCGUUCCUUCUUCUCGCACAUGCAUCAGCUUAUGAAGUCGAGGCUCUUAAUAACCGUUAAUGUUCAUGGAGAGAAAUGGAAUCAUUUAAAAGUUAUUAUUGCAUUAAUGCGAUUUGUAAUGAAGCUGGAAUUUUAUUACGGAAUGUCUUCGAGAUGUUGUGGGUCAGAAGCACACAAACACACACAAAGCGAGCAAAUCGAAUUGAAUUUAAAGCUGAACUGUCGAUUUGUAAUUUAA